CCAGGACCGGCACAUUGUUCCCCGCCCCCCGCCCGGGCCGCCGCCGCCACCCGCCUAUAAAAACCGGCCGAGCCCCGAAAGGUGCGGAUGCUUCUCACCGAGCGACGCGGCAUCAGCGCCCGGGACCCGGCUUUCCACGGCGGCGUUUCGGGGUCGGCUCCUCCAGGAACUCCAGCUACGCUCUGAGAGCCGAGGGAGAGAGGACCCUGCGAAGGCAGCGACUGUGCCCCGGGGCCAUGGACUCGGACGCCAGCCUGGUGUCCAGCCGCCCGUCGUCGCCGGAACCCGAUGACCUUUUCCUGCCGGCCCGGAGCAAGGGCAGCAGCGGCGGCGGCUUCACGGGGGGCACUGUGUCCUCGUCCACGCCGAGCGACUGCCCGCCGGAGCUGAGCGCCGAGCUGCGCGGAGCCAUGGGCGCGGCGGGUGCGCACCCCGGGGACAAGCUGGGCGGCGGCGGCGGCUUCAAGUCCUCCUCGUCCAGCACCUCGUCAUCCACGUCGGCGGCGGCCGCGUCGUCCACCAAGAAAGACAAGAAACAGAUGACCGAGCCGGAGCUGCAGCAGCUGCGGCUGAAAAUCAACAGCCGCGAGCGCAAGCGCAUGCACGACCUCAACAUCGCCAUGGACGGGCUGCGCGAGGUCAUGCCGUACGCGCACGGCCCGUCGGUGCGCAAGCUCUCCAAAAUCGCCACGCUGCUGCUGGCGCGUAACUACAUCCUCAUGCUCACCAACUCGCUGGAGGAGAUGAAGCGCCUGGUGAGCGAAAUCUACGGCGGCCACCACGCCGGCUUCCACCCGUCGGCCUGCGGUGGCCUGGCGCACUCGGCGCCGCUGCCCGCCGCCACCGCACACCCGGCGGCCGCAGCGCACGCGGCGCACCACCCGGCGGUCCACCACCCCAUCCUGCCACCUGCCGCGGCCGCCGCUGCCGCCGCCGCCGCGGCCGCCGCCGUAUCCAGCGCGUCUCUGCCUGGCUCCGGGCUGUCGUCGGUCGGCUCUAUCCGGCCCCCGCACGGCCUGCUCAAGUCUCCGUCGGCCGCCGCCGCCGCCGCCGCCCCGCUGGGGGGUGGCGGCGGCGGCGGCGGGGGCAGCGGGGGCUUCCAGCACUGGGGCGGCAUGCCGUGCCCCUGCAGCAUGUGUCAGGUGCCGCCCCCGCACCACCACGUGUCGGCCAUGGGCGCGGGCAGCCUGCCGCGCCUCACCUCGGACGCCAAGUGAGCCCGCGAUGCCGGCGCGUUCCGCCCAGCUUGUGGGGAGGGAGGGAGGGACCCGGAGGCCGCGGGGAAACGGAGCCUGCCCGGCGCUCUGGGCGCUGAACCUCGGGCUGCGGGUGGGGGGUGGGGUGGGGGAGACUCCAGCACGUGGCAGCCGCACCACCGGGGCGGGCACAGACCCCUGAACAGGGCUCGCGGAGCCCUCGGUGGCUAUAACCCGCGCGGGUUGUGUAGACUGCAUCGUGUAAGAAGGCCGCUGCUACGUGCGUCCCAGCCCCAGGAACAAAUUCUAAAACCCGGGUUUCCGGAGAGCACGGCUGGACUCCCCGACUCGACCAGGGCGGCGCUUGGUGGGAGGGCGGGGGCUGGGGGACACGUUGGGGCCUCCCUCGCCUGCUCUCUCUGGGCCGAUGGGAGACUCCCUGGACCCUUCAGGGCCGACGAGUUGGUUCGAAGCUCGCGUUCCGUAGCCGAGGCACUUGGGGUCGUGUCCAGUCCGAGUUUCUGGCUGCACCCACGGGGUCCAAGACCUGCGACCGUUCGUUCUUCUCUGUGUCUCCUGUUGAUUUGGGAGUUUGUGCUUUUCUAAUAAAUCUGUGGAUUUUUUUUAUUAUUAUUUCAAAAGUGUGAGCAAGCGUUAUAGACGCUCAGAAUAGAACCACUUGUGGAUUGGAGCAACGUCCUCCCCCCAAGUAUCGAUCGUGGAAGGGGGAGGGCGUUUGGUUUUCCAGUUGUUUAAAAA